CCCUAAUCUCUAUCUCUGAGUCUCUAAUCUUCGCCUCGCAAACUCAGAAUACGCAUUCUCUGUGUAAUACUGUCUGUCUGUGCUUGUAUGUAUGCAUGUAUGUAUGUAUGUAUGUAUAUACGUAUACGUCCGUAUUGAGCAAUUGAGAGAGAGAGAAUGUUCAAACUGCGCAGACACAAGUCGUCCGCCUCUGACAAUUCCGGCGAUAAAUUCGGUUUCAUCUUCUCCAACAUUCAAGCUCUUAAGGUACCUAAAGGAUGGGACAAGCUUUCUGUGUCUCUUAUCUCUGUUGAAGCAGGGAAAACUAUCAGUAAAUUAGGGAAAGCAUCAGUAAACAAUGGAACUUGCCAAUGGACAGAAUCUUUAUGGAGUCCAGAAAAUUAUGCCUCAAAUGGCCUUGAUCAUUUCAAGUUUCUUGUUUCCAUGGGAUCCUCUAGAGCUGGUAUCCUUGGAGAGGUUACAGUUAAUGUUGGGCACUACAAGAAUUCAGAAGCUUCUAUUCCUGUUUCAUUACCCUUGCAAAAAUGCAAUAAAGGGACAGUUUUAAAUUUUGAAAUCAAGUGUCUAACACCAAGAACAAGUUUCAGGGGUGAUGAGCGGAACAGCACUGCUGCAUAUAAUGAAGAGGAGAAUUCUGUAUGCAAUGGUAUUGACAACAAAUCAGAGGAAAGGAACCAUUCCCUGCCUUCGAUGGAGGAUUCAUUGGGCCGGGAUAGUCUUUCCUCUGCAAGUAACUCAAGUGCAGUAGUUAACAACGCCAUUGGAAGACUAGAAUCAACUGAAUCCGGAGGCAGUGCACCCUGGAGUUCUUGCUCUUAUGGUUCUCCCAAAUCAAGUAAUUCUCCAAACAAAUUGUCUAUAUCAAGUCAGGAAAAGCAUCCUGAAUACACAGAAGAGGGAAUAGGACAGUGUUCACUGCAUAUUACCAGAACAUCAAUACCAGAUGCUGCACAAGGUGAAGAUGCAAACAUUGAAGAACUUAAGGCUGAAGCUAGGAUGUGGGAACUAAAUGCCCGAAGAUUAAUGGUAAAGAUGGAAACUUUAAGAAAGGAGUUUGCCAAUCAAUCACAGCACAUUGCAGAUAUGGAGAUGGAACUUUCCACAGCACACACGGAGUCCAAUAGAUUGAUGCAGAAUAUCAAGCAUCUGGAGGUCCUCUUAGAAGAAUCAAUUGCAAAACAAAAAGCUGCUGAGAAUUUAAAUCUCCAGGGGAAAAAUACGGAAAAUAUCCUAAAGGAAAUGGAAGAUGAGCUAAAGUUUCAGACAGAAUCAAAUAGCAAUUUGUCUUUGCAGUUGAGGAAAUCUCAAGAAUCCAAUGUUGAGCUGGUUUCUGUCCUUCAGGAGAUGGAAGAAACUGUUCAAAAGCAGAAAAUAGAGAUUGAGAACCUUUUAGCAUUAAACUCAAGAUCUGAUGUCAUGGGAGUUAUAAAUAGUUGUAGAGAUGAGGACAAUGUGCAACCAAGAAGUACUGAACCAGUUUCAGUUGAGAAACAGUGCCAGGAGUUCAAGGUUCAGCAUUUGCAGGAAUCACAUAUGUCUUUGGAAAACAUUAUUAUUUGCCAGGAAAAAGCCCAAGAGGAGAAAAUUCAUGAGAUAGAACUUGAGCAAGAUCUUAGAGCUCAGGGUCGUUUGGAGUUGGAGUCCAAAUCUUCCAAUGCUGAGGAAUCGGAAGCAAAUAAGCCCAAUAUGCAUUUAAUUGAAGAAAUUGAGAGUCUGAAGAAAACAAUUCAGGAGCUUGAGAGAGAAUGCAAUGAGCUUACAGAAGAGAACCUGGAACUUCUGUUCAAACUUAAAGAAUCAAGAAAAGAUCCUUCUGAAAACCAUGAUAUCCUAAGUUCAAAAUCUCUUGAGGGUCCUCAAAGUGAAUCACUUAGUGGUUCAGACUUUGAAACAAGUAAACAUGGGUUUCAAUUCCUGCUUCUACAGAAGGAAGUGAUUGAAGAAGAAGUCCCAAACAGCUUACAAAUUCAUAGCAGUGGCCAAAGAGAAAAUCACACUUGUCUGGAGCCCAACUUUCAAGCUUUCAAAUGCAAAGAUUGUGAUCUUAAUGUAAAACUCCAUGCAUGUUGUGUGAAAGAAACAGAUAAACAUGCAACUGAAAUCACCGCGAAUCCAUCAGAAGGUCAAAGAGAUGAAAUUGACAGUAGGAACUUCACUCUUAAAGAUGUUAGUGACAGGAAUCGGUAUUCUGAACCAGAGACAACAUUUGAUAUUGAUAGCUUAGUGCCUGCAUUAUGUGAGCAGCUAGAAAUUUUAUUUCACAAUGUGAAUGGGGUAGAACAUAUGCUAUUUUCUCCAGUAAACAUCGAGUUAAGAAAUGCUACUUUUUAUAAAGAUAUUUCAAGGGGUACAGAUCCUAUGGCUCAAAAAGAGCACGCUAAAGCUGUGCUCGACAAAUUGGUCCAGCUGCUGAGGGCUAGAUUGGUUUCAUGUACUAAUGAUAAGUACAGUGAGGAUGGUGCCAGAACAGAAGUCAACAACACAUAUGAGAUCAAAGACAAGUCAGACUAUGGAUGUUCAACAGAGAAAGAUCCUUGUUCUAGCCAUCAAGGAUAUAAGAACUUCAAAGAACUGGAAGUAAAGGAUGAAAGUAUUGGUAACAAUGUGUUAACUAAAAACUCCAAGAUGCUGGAGGUGAAAACUGGCUGUUUGGAAGAGGAUGUAGGCCUAAAAGCCCUAAACCAUUGCCAGAGAGACUUGGAUAGUAAAAUUUAUGAUCACCAAAUGGUAGCAUGGAUGGUGGAGAAUGAUAUGGAAAAAGUGCAAACUGAAAAAGAUGAUAUCACCUCAGACAUUAUGAGAGAAGAUAUGAUGGUAGUGACAGGCAGAAUAUUGGGAAAUAUUUCUGAAAAGAUUCAAGAAAUGAAAAUUUUAGAGCUAGAGAAUGAGAAACAAGAAUUAGAGUCCUAUGUUUUUGAAUUAGAAAAGGAAAAUAUGCAGUUGUCAGAACGAGUAUCAGGGUUGGAAGCACAACUGAGGCAUUUGACAGAUGCAAUGGAAUUAAGUCGCAUGGAGCUGCAGCAUAAAGGGACUCAACUCUGCAACCUCCAGGGCAAGAUCAGAGAAUUAGAGAAGGAAAAGGAGUCACAGGAGCUCGAAUUGAAACAGAGACUGAUGGAAAUGCAAAAACGAUGGUUGGACUCUCAGGAGGAGGGUGAGUAUCUGAAGAAGGCAAAUCCAAAGCUACAAGCUACUGCAGAGAGUCUGAUUGAAGAAUGUGAUUCACUUCAAAUUCUAAAUGGAGAACUAAGGCGGCAAAGAUUAGAACUUAAGGUACAAUGCAAUCUUCUGGAAGCAGAAUUGAGGAAAUACCAGCAUUCUCUCUCCAAUUGUUUGAGCAAGAUAGAAUCUUUAGAAGCAAGACUUUCUUCAAUUUUGGAAGAGACUUCUUCAAAAGAGAAAAUCAUGAAUUCAGAAAUUGAAAAGAUCCUUCUCCAGACCAAAGAAUUCAAGGAAAGACUUGUAAUUGAAGAGAGCUUGCAGAGUCAACUGUGUCAGCAGAAACUUAGUGAACUUGAGUACCCACAACAAAAGUCUCUGCACCUUGUCAAUCAAAUGUUUGAUCCUUCAGAUAGAGAAGACGGAAAAGCUUCUGAAGGUUCUCAUGAGAUGCAUUCCUUGUUUGCAGAAAAUAAAAUGUUGAAACUAACUAUUCAAGAAAUUCAACAAAAUCUGGAGAUCACUGAGGUAAAACUCGUUACCACACAGAUGGAAUAUGGAAGAAAGGUUUAUGAGCUCAUGGGUGAACUUAAUGCUCAUAAAACAAACCAGGAAGUUUUGGAAGCUAAGUCUGAUAAGCUACAAAGGUGGUUAGAAAAUGUGAUAUCUAGUGAAUCAAAUCUUAAAUGCAGCAUAGACAAUCUUGAGUCAAAACUGCUAUUCUCUGAAAGCGAGAGGCUACAACUGGCUGAUGCAAAUUCCAGUCUAAAGAUUGAAUUACUGAAAAUUGCUUUCCUUCGGGAUGAAGUCCUGGCACUUAAAGGUUCACUCAAUGAUAUGAAGUUUAAAAAUGAGAGGUUAGAAGCUUCUUUGCAACUCAUUUGCGGAGAAAAUGAAGAGCUAAAGGCUGACAAGACUUCGUUGAUUCAAGAACUUACUGGCAUGCAGAAUUCAGUCACUGAACUGGAAGAAUGCAGACUCAGAAAGGUUGUGCUAGAGGAAAAAGUUUUGAGACUGGAAGGGGAUCUAACUGCAAGAGAGGUAACAUGCGCAAUGGAUGCUGAGCUGAAGAAUGAUUUAAGUCAAAGCAAAAGGGUAAACAGUCAACUCUGCUGGAAAAUAAAACAGCUUGAGUUGGAGAGACAUUACCUCUCGAAAGAACUGCUAUCCAUCCAAGAAGAAUUGAAUAGAAAAGAAAAUUCUGUGCGAUCAACUUCGCAUUCUGUGGCCAAAGAUAAAACCGCAUCUUGCAAAGAACUAAAACUCUCAGAGGACGGAUCCAGCCAAUGCAACGACUGCGAAACCAUUCAAAUUGCAUCAAUUGAUUGCGCAUCAAGAAGCCAGCUUGAGGACGAGAAAACCCAGUUUAAGAGUUUGCAACCGGAGGGACAGUCCACAAAGUCCGGCAAAGAAAAGGAAAAUGAAGAGAAAAUAUUACAACUCGAAGAUGAAUUGAAAGAUAUCAGUGAACGCUAUCUUCACAUGAGCCUAAAGUAUGCAGAGGUUGAGAACCAGAAAGGGAAGCUUGUAAUGACACUGAAAGCAUUACAAGAUCAGAGAAUAGGAACAGUAUCAUGACUUUCACCAUUUCUGGAAGAAACGUAA